UAUUUUUCUCGGAGAGGGGAAGUAGAAGUGUGUAGGCGGAGUGCAAUAAGUCAUGAGCGUAUCCCGAACUAUAUAUACAGUGCAACAACCAAAGAGAGUAGAUUUUUUUUUUUGGUACACAUUUUUUACAUUUUGUGGCAUAUCUUUUAAAGUAAAAGUGAUAUGAUCUAUUUGAGUGCAGGUACUUAAAGUUCAACUAUUGGCGCUUCCAUUGGACCACCACCUGUUACAUCACAUGACAUCAUCAGUAUAAAAUGGCUGUCUGAAGAUGUGUACUUCCGAAAAUAUGUUAGGAAUAGAAGUAGUUUAUUUUGUUGAGUUAAGAUCUGAAAUUUGUUGUGCAUGUACCUGAGUAUAUUGCUCAUCCUUUGAGCUUCAACGGAAGUCUGGGCUACUAGUAAGUUCUGAGAAAUACUGCAUUUUGUUGUUUUUUGGUGGCAAAUAUGUUAGGAAUACAACUUUCGAUUUUAUAUUAGUUAAGGUCUGAUUUUUGAGCAGCAUGUACUACAAUAGUGUACUUUUCAUCUGUACUAAUUUACAGGAGUUAGGCUAGCCUCUUUGCUAGAGCGGCCCAUCUUGUCAAAAACAGUGCUUUUUAUGACUUUUGGGGCGAUUUGCCUACGUAUAAGGCUCAUUUGCCACGCCCCUGUGACACAGAAUGACCAACACCAACUGUGCAUUUGCAAGUAGACAUCGCAUGACCUUUGGAUGUAGCAAAUAACAACAAGAUGAUUUGUGAUGUCACAAAUCAAUGAAUAUCAUUGCAUACGUCAGCAAAAGUAGCAAAACGGAGCAAAAUCACCAUUUUUGACAAGAAGGGCCGCUCUAGCAAAGAAGAGACUUGUCUAGCUCCUGUAAGUUAGUGCAAAUGAAUUUUACACUAUUGUAGUACAUCCUUCUCAAAAAUCAGACCUUAACUAGCAUAAAAUCAAAAGUUGUAUUCCUAACAUAUUUGCCACCAAAAAACAACAAAAUGCAGUAUUUCUCAGAACUUACUAGUAGCCCAGACUUCCGUUGAAGCUCAAAAGAUGAGCAAUAUACUCAGGUACAUACACAACAAAUUUCAGAUCUUAACUCAAACAAAUAAGCUACUUCUAUUCCUAACAUAUUUUCGGAGGUACACAUCUUUAGACAGCCAUUUCAUAGUGAUGAUGUCAUAUAAUGUAACAGGUGGUGGUCCAAUGGAAGCGCCAAUAGUUGAACUUUAAGUACCUGCACUCAAAUAGAUCAUAUCACCUUUACUUCAGAAGAUAUGCCACAAAAUAUGAAAAAUAAUAAUAUAAAAAAAAAUCUACUCUCUUUGGUUGUUGCACUGUACUAGAAAAAUCAAGGACGACGGCCAACCAACUUCGAGCUUUUUUGCUUAAUUAAUCGCUUACCUUUAUCCUCCUGGUACGUGGUCUGGGCUUGAAGGAUAUUUCAUUGUCUAACACAUUAUAACGAUGGCCGAAGGACCUGAUCCAGUUGUUGCUGAUCUCGAGCAAGAAGUGACCUGUGGCAUCUGUCAUGACCGCUACCAGGAGCCAAAGCUGCUCCCUUGUUGUCACUACUACUGCAAGCAAUGCAUCAUCACAUUGUCCAGUCGCUACCGACCCAACCAGCCGUUCCCCUGCCCCGACUGUCGUGAGCCCACUCUAUUGCCAGACAACAACCCAGACAGACUGCCCACUGCGUUCUUCAUCAACAGGAUGAAAGCACUCCACUCAAGGAUAGAGAAAGCCCACGGCAAGUUGGAGGCCACCUGUGAAAUGUGCCCUGGAGGAAAGGCCACUGCAUUCUGCCGGCAAUGUGUCCAGUUCAUUUGUGAAAAAUGUGUGGAACCUCAUCAGCGUAUGAAAAUGUUUUCUACACAUAUCGUCUCCACUCUGGACGAGCUCAAACAGGGCGGAGUGAAAGAACUAACAUUCGAAAACCCACCACCCUCAAAAUGCGAGGAUCACGAGGAGCCAAAGAAGAUUUUCUGUUUUGAUUGCUACAAGCUCAUCUGUCGAGACUGUGCUGUGUUUGAUCACCGUGACCACAAGUCAGAGUUUGUAAAGAAAGCCGCCCCCACAACUCGCAAAAAGCUGGCGGAGCACCUCUCCCCACUCAAGAACCUACUGCCUGAUCUGAGCACCGCUGUGAAUCAAGUGAAAGGAACUAAACAGAAAAUCCAGGCCCAGAAAGAACUGACAGAGAGACAAGUGAAUGCUAAGUUCCAGGAGCUACACGAUAUUCUCAACCAAUGCAAAGUCCGUGUUUUACGAGAAUAUUCUGCUUUGGUUGAUUCAAACAUGGAGAAGGUGACGAUUCAAGAGAAGGGUCUGGACCUGUCCCUGGGUACUGCUCAGAGUUUGAUUGACUUUGUAGAGCGUACACUGGAGAAUGCAAGUGAUGAAGAACUGAUUACGAUGCAAGAGCAGGUGGUGAGUCGAAUCGAUGCCGAGGUGGUGAAGCGAGGGAAAGAAGCAGCCAAUCCUGAUCCAGUGGUGGAGAAAGUUGAUUUCGGAGUCGAAGUGUUUGUUUGUGAGGAUCUCAAGAAGUUGUGUGAGAACAAUGUUUUUGUGCAUGAAGGAAAGCCGAUUGUGAAAGGAGACGGUAUCAAAACAGCUGAAGUUGACAACUGUUCAAAACUGACCUUUUAUUGUGGUUUAAAAAGAGGCAGGCCACAAGUUGUACUGAAAACACUAUCUGAUGAUACAUCUCAACAAUUGCAAGCUGUGCCUGUGAGGGGUGGAGUGUACAGCGUUGAGUACACCCCUAGGGUACGUGGUCGACACCACCUCCUGAUCUCAGUGGACGACCAGCCAGCCCAUCCCAGGAAGCCCCUUCUCUGUGUUCAUCAAAAUACCCCCCACCAAGCUGGACAAACCAGUGAGGGCGAUAAGAGGAAUCAAUAACCCUCGGUAUAUGGCAUUUAACUCAUCAGAAGAACUGAUUGUAACUGACUAUAGCGGUGAUGUUUUGGUGUUUGACAAGAAAGGAGAACAAAUUCGAAGCAUCAGCAAAUCAAAGCAUGGGUUUGGCGGUAUCUCUGGUG